GAGAAAAGAAGAUGAAUAGGAAAUCAAGAAGUUCGUUAAAAAAGGUGUCCACCCAGGCGGAGGAAGAGACGAAUCCUGCGAUAUCAAUUAAGCGUCGCAUCAGUUUCAGUGGCAAGAAAUUCAUAAGAGAAUUUGUUGCAACAGAGAAGGCGAGAGACUAUGACCAUUCAUAUGAAAUAUCAGAUAAUACCAAUGGCUCCGACAGCUCUGACCAAGCUCAUGGCACGGUGGCCGCAUCUGUGCUGCAAAGUACAGCGCAUAUUUCGCUGACCAUUGAUGAGAUGGACAAGGAAAAUGCACCACUUGCCAUUGCGGCGGGUGACGCGAGUGGCUCACUGCACGAUCAAUAUUCCAUGAACGAUUGCACACUCAAAUUUCAGACGAGCAUCAAUGUGACGCUGUUGCCGGAUGAGUUGAAAGGCAAUCGUAACCGCACUGAAUCAUCGACUGCUUUAAUGGAGCUUACGUCCAGCGACAGUUUGUCUCUGUAUGAAGUGGAGCGGGAUAAACUGCGCGAGAACAGCAUGUACAAUAAGAGAGUGCUUGAGAAAACUAUAGAUCUCUUGCCACCCAAAAUGGUGUUUUCCGAGCUGAUGCCAAAGCAAAUGGAAUUGGAAAAUGUUCAAAAAACAACUGUAAUGUCUAUGGACGUAAGCUGUGUGACUACAAAGGAAAAAGAGCUCGAGCAAAAGACGGUGAUGUUUGAGAGCCACGAUAUAACGUGUGAUUUUGAAGAUAUUGAGCCAGCUGCAGUUGCGGCGAUUAAGCCAACGCAAGAGAUAAUUGAUUCGCUUGAUGCGAAUGACAGAAAUUAUUUCAAUUAUUUGACAGAUGAUUCGACGCUGUCCUCGCCGUUAAUACCACUGGAUGUCAUUUCGGAGAACGGCAUCAGCAAGAAGCUCAACUAUCGCGAGCUGAACGAUGCAUUGAACUCAGGCCGCCUAAAGGUGUAUGCCAAUGGGCCGAGAACACCAGCCACAGAUCGCACAGCGAAACAACGGUCAUUUUGGCAUGACCCAGAGCAGCAGCCAAUGGAUGAGGAUGUUCCACAGAUAGAAACCAUUAAGCGUCGCGGCACGCUUAACUUUAAUGAUAGCAUGAUCGUAUCGCCUGUUCCGCAGAAGACCGAAUCAAAGCCGAUGGCUAAAACCGAUCAAUCAGUUAAACGAAAUUAUCGCUUCUCGCAAGCGGACGAGCUGAUGCUGGACAAUACCAACUUUCUGGUCCAUGCCAAAAUGGGCGAUGAAACGCAGUCGCAAAGUACCUCCAAAUGCUCCUCGCGACGUGAGAUGACGUGCGAUAAUACUGCCAUGGAAUUGGAUGAUCUGGACAAACAUGAAGCAGCAGUUGCAGCAGCCCUGGCAUCUGUCAAAUACAGGAAAUCCCUGCAUUGUUUGGAAGGAAUGGAAGGAGACGAUUUCUUAAGCCCCCCCAAAGAUGCAAUAGAUACACAAACUGAUCAAAAAUGUAGUCGCAAUAAUAUAAUUGGGGAAGAUGCUAAUAAGGCGUUGCAAGAUGAGCAGCGCAGCAGGCCAAGGCAAACAUUGCACAUGGUUGAACCCAUUGAAGAGAUCUCCUCACCUGCUGCUCCAAGAGAGCCGCAAUAUAACAAGCAACGGACAACGAUGCACAUGGCUGAGCCCAUCACAGUGGAUAUUGUAAAACCACAAAUUGAAUCUAAGGAUCAACAGCAGGCAAUUUCUGCACCGAAGCUGAACAGCAAGGCACGUCGAGAAACUUUACACUUGGCGGAAGCAAUGGACGAAGACAUAGAAGAACCUCGUCAGGAAUAUCAAUUAAAACAGGUAACUGCUUCAGUGGAAUAUUCGUGCAGCAGACGAAGACAAACCUUGCACAGUGUGGAAUCCAUGGAUGAAUCUCUCUGCGCGGACAACAAUUUGCCAACAGCUGCUGCUGUUGCUGCUUUGAUUAAACCGAAUCGUAACCAAUACAGGCAAACAAUGCACCUGGCUGAAGUCAUUCAGGAGGAGAAUAUUAUUGGACCACAACAUGAGCUGAAGCCACUGCAACAAUACUCUAGGCGUAGACAGACCUUAGUGCUGGCCGAUCCCAUUGAAGAUGACAUCUCCUGCGCACAGAAGGAUUCUAUGCCGGCAGGUGUCCCAAUAGAAUCGCAUCCAAACAAGCGAAGACAAACAAUGCAUAUGGCUGAGACUAUUGAGGAGGAUGACAUCAUUCCACCCCAACAGUUAAUGUCAAUCAGUGAAACUUCUGGAAGGGGUCCGCAGAAAACGAAGCGUAGACAAACACUACGCAUCGCUGAGUGCAUUGAAGAAGAUAUUGUCAAACAACACACAGAGCUUAAAUCACAGACAGUAGCUCCUAGAAAGCGGCGACAAACACUGCACCUGGCUGAGUCCAUUGAGGAAGAUACGUUCUGUGCACAAAAAGAAGUCGGUUCAAUGUCGAAGGCUGUCAGUCCUAACUUCCAAAUUUAUGAAUCAGUUGAUGAAGAUGCCUUAAAACCACAGCAGGAAUUAAAGUCCAAGUCAGCAGUUCCUAAACUGGAACAGCAGUACAACAGGAGGAGACAAACAUUGCACUUGGCGGAUCCCAUUGAGGAAGAUGCGUUCUGUGCACAAAAAGAAGUCAGCUCAAUGUCGAAGACUGCCAAUCAAAAAUUCCAAAUGGAUGAAUCGGUUGAUGAGGAAGUCUUAAAACCACAGCAAAAAUUACAGUCCAAGUCAGCAGUUCCUUCACUGGAACAGCAGUACAACAAGAGGAGACAAAAAUUGCACCUGGCAGAUCCCAUUGAGGAAGAUGCGUUCUGUGCACAAAAAGAAGUCAGCUCUGUGUCGGCGGCUGUCUGUCCUAACUUCCAAAUGGAUGAAUCAGUUGAUGAGGAAGUCUUAAAACCACAGCAAAAAUUACAGUCCAAGUCAGCAGUUCCUUCACUGGAACAGCAGUACAACAGGAGGAGACAAACAUUGCACAUGGCAGAUCCCAUUGAGGAAGAUGUGUUCUGUGCACAAAAAGGAAGUCAGCUCUCUGUCGGCGGCUGUCUGUCCUAAUUCCAAAUGGAUGAAUCAGUUGAUGAGGAAGUCUUAAAACCACAGCAAAAAUUACAGUCCAAGUCAGCAGUUCCUUCACUGGAACAGCAGUACAACAGGAGGAGACAAACAUUGCACAUGGCAGAUCCCAUUGAGGAAGAUUCGCUUUGUGAACAGAAUAAUUUGAGGGCACCGGUUGCUCCAAUCAAAAGUCGAAUGCAAUUGCAAUCCCAAACAGCAGUUCAGUCAGUUGAGAAGCAAAGCAACAGACAGAGACAAGCUGUGCUCAUUUCGGAGGAUAUUAUUUGCAGAAAUGAGGACAGCAACUUGAGAGCAAAGCACCAGCUAAAGUCCAGGCAAACAUUACAUAAAGCCGAGUCUAUGGAGGUGGUCAUUUGUGAUGCGGCUAAAUCCCUCAGACUAGAAGGAGCUUCUGCUGAUCAACUUGACCCAGUUCAGAUGGAAGAAUCAAUGGAGGAAUACAUCAGUUGUGUGCCAAGACACACCGUUCACAAAGUAGAACCUAUGGUUGAGGAAAUGCCAACAGCCAGGCGAACUGAGCAGCGCAGUAGCAGGCCAAGAGUCACACAACUGCUCUCGGAGUCCAUGGGUAUACAGCUGCUAAGCCAGAGCUCAGGCGAAGAUGUUGAGAAAGCUUGUGCUGAAAGUCCAUCGGAUUCAACCGAAUGGUUGGCUCAGAUGCGCAACAAAGCGCGUCAAACGCUAACUGAGGACAAGUCCGCGUCUCCAAUUGAAGGCAAGGCAAAUGCCCUGAAGCUAAAACACAGCAAAUCAAUUAUGGAAACGCCCAAAAUGAAUAAAGAGCAACAGUUGCUGCGUCACAACUACUUCCCCAUCACACCGGGUCGGUCAAUGAUCGAGUACGAGGACCUGGAGGAGGAAUGCAAAUCUGAUAGUCGCACUCCAACUCCUCCGGCGGCUGCUGCUGCCCGCUCCACAUACCAAGCUGUCGAUAAGGACCUCGACAUGGAUACUUCAAAUUAUGACACACCUAUUCGCGCUGCUGACAAGAAAACGACUUCAUUCAAUAUCAAACGUUUGCCGACACACUUGACACCAAAUUUGCCGCAAUCCAAGAAACGCAACACGCAAUCGAUACAACUGGAAGAUAGAAAUAAAGAAAAUGAGGAACAAUUAACGCCUGCUGCUAGGAACAGAUCUCGCAUUCCAAUCCUCUCCAAAAGCAUUAACCAAAACUCGCCAUGGUGCGAACCUGAGCAACUGGACGGCACCGUGCAGAUGGUCAGGGCACAGAUGACGCAACAGACUCGCAGCCAUUUCGAAACGGGUAUCACAAAUCUGCUGGCUGAUGGCAAGCAUGCAAUUUGCUAUGACGAUAAUCCCAUUAUCAUAUCCGAUGUGUCCAACCAUUUUAUGGCACAGCGGGAACUGGCCAAGCGCUCUGUUGAGCAGCCCAAUGAUGCCUCCGGAGAUAGUCGUAACUCAAAUGAGCUCAACUUUAAAAGCUAUGCCACAGCGCACAGAGAGUUCAUAAAUCUGAGUGGCGAUACUGUCAUCUUUGCCGCUGCUGAAUUGCCAGACGACGGAGAGGCGAAUGAUUGUGAGAUUGAGAAGACGCAACUCAGUUUGGUCUCCACCUUGCUAGACGAAGAGAAUGACGAUGAAGAUAGGGCUGACCAGAGUAACAGCAUUGAAUUGGAAUCUGAUGGCGAAGUCGAAGCCGAGCCCGAAGCUUGCCUCGAGCAACUGAAUCCGCCAGCUGUCGCCGGAGCUGUGGACGCAUGCAAGAAGUGUAAGCAUUGCAGGCGCUCUGUCGAUUUGGGACGCAACAGUUUGGGCGACUCAUUUGAAUUGCCCGAUUGGCGUGAGCUGAACGUGGAAUUUGAGCGUCUGGAGCGUUUGCGUAAACGGAAACGUCUUUCCGAUGUCCAUCGUUAUUGGGAGCUCAAGAAACUUGAGCGUUACUCACAUUCCGGCGAUGAGACGGCCAAUCAUAUAAAUGAAACAUCCAAUGCCAUAAGCGACACAACAAAUCGCUUAAAUCUGCCACAAAUGCUGGAGAUGUUCAACACCAAGUGGCAAGAGUACAAGAAAAUCAUUUGCAAGCCAAACCGCGUGGAAACGUUUGUUAAACGCCUGGAAGCCUCAAUGCGUGCCCAGCUGCCCAACUGGAUAUUUGAUUAUAAGCUUCAAAACCAGCACAAAUAUAUAUUCUCACAUCGCAAAAUAACCACAUUUCGCAUCGUUGUUAGCUACAAGCCGCUUGAUUCAUUGGAGACGGAGAUAUGUGUGGACAGCAUUCAAUUGGACACUGUGACCCUUGUUCCUAAAGCACUAUGGAGCACCUAUGAACAUUUGAUGGAUUUCCAGCUGAGGCUUAAGCUGCCAUUAAACCUGGACAACUUGUUGGAUGGCAAUGAUGUUGAAGCUUUUGUAUUAUUUCUACAGCACAUAGAUAGUAUUUGUAUGGAAAUCAGAGGGAUUUGCAAUAGUAUGCACACGGUGCUGAUCGCGGCACAAGCCCGUCUUAUAAGGGAACCAAAUCGCACUGUUGUUAGGAAAACCGUGCGCAGAUUAAUCAAGGAGGAGGAUGAGGCAUAUAUGCGAGUGGAGAAAGCCCACUUUUGCAUUGAAAUCGGUAAUGUUCGAGAGAUGUCGUUCAAGGACAUUCUAGAGCCGCCGAUAUAUCAUUUCGAUGAGAACAUUCAAUUUUUACCAAAGGGUAUUGCAUUUCUGGAAGCCUUCAUCCAUAAUCCAGAACAAUAUUUAAAGCGCAACGUCGAUAAUUAAUGUUGUUCUCACGCAACUAUAGCAGAGCUAACCCGAUUCAAUGCAUAUACAUACAUUAUUGUAAUUUCAGAUUAGACUAUUUCUUGUGUACAUAUACGACUUACUUCAGUUGGCUAACAUAUUUAAUUGUAAAAGUUCUCAUUUGAUUUUGUAAUGCAAG